GGGCCUGGCACCUUCCCGGCCCGCCGCAGGGAUGGGGCAGCUGUGCUGGCUGCCGCUGCUGGCACCACUGCUGUUGCUGCGACCGCCGGGGGUCCAGUCCGCCGGCCCCAUCCGGGCCUUCGUGGUGCCCCACAGCCACAUGGACGUGGGCUGGGUCUACACUGUGCAGGAAAGUAUGCGGGCGUACGCCGCUAAUGUCUACACCUCAGUGGUGGAAGAGCUGGCCCGCGGCCAGCAGCGCCGGUUCAUCGCUGUGGAGCAGGAGUUUUUCCGGCUGUGGUGGGAUGGCGUCGCCUCAGACCAGCAGAAACACCAGGUCCGCCAGCUCCUGGAGGAAGGACGCCUGGAAUUUGUCAUCGGAGGCCAGGUCAUGCAUGACGAGGCCGUGACGCACCUUGAUGACCAGAUCCUGCAGCUCACAGAAGGACACGGGUUUCUCUAUGAAACAUUUGGGAUCCGGCCACAGUUCUCCUGGCACGUUGACCCGUUUGGCGCCUCUGCCACGACCCCCACCCUGUUUGCGCUGGCGGGCUUCAAUGCCCAUCUCGGCUCCCGGAUCGACUACGACCUGAAGGCAGCCAUGCAGGAGGCCCGGGGGCUGCAGUUCGUGUGGCGAGGGUCCCCAUCCCUCUCAGAGCAGCAGGAAAUCUUCACGCACAUCAUGGACCAGUACAGCUACUGCACCCCAUCCCACAUCCCUUUCUCCAACAGGUCAGGAUUUUACUGGAAUGGCAUGGCCGUCUUCCCCAAGCCUCCCCCAGAUGGAGUGUACCCCAACAUGAGUGAGCCCGUCACCCCAGCCAACAUCAACCUCUAUGCUGAGGCCCUAGUGGCCAACGUGAAGCAGAGGGCCGCUUGGUUCCGGACACCCCAUGUCCUCUGGCCCUGGGGAUGUGACAAGCAGUUCUUCAAUGCCUCGGUGCAGUUUGCCAACAUGGACCCGCUGUUGGACCACAUCAACAGCCACGCUGCCGAGCUCGGUGUCUCGGUGCAGUAUGCCACGCUGGGCGACUACUUCCGUGCCCUGCAUGCUCUCAAUGUCACCUGGCGUGUCCGCGACCACCACGACUUCCUGCCCUAUUCCACAGAUCCAUUUCAGGCCUGGACGGGCUUCUACACGUCCCGCAGCGCACUGAAGGGGCUGGCCCGGCGAGCCAGCGCCUUGUUGUAUGCCGGGGAGUCCAUGUUCACACGCUACAUGUGGCCAGCACCCCGUGGGCAUCUGGACCCCACCUGGGCCCUGCAGCAGCUCCAGCAACUUCGCUGGGCCGUCUCCGAGGUCCAGCACCAUGAUGCCAUCACUGGGACUGAGUCCCCCAAGGUGAGAGACAUGUACGCGACGCACCUGGCCUUGGGGAUGCUGGGUGUGCGCAAGCUGAUGGCCUCCAUCGUCCUAGACAAGCUCCAGCCCCAGGCACCCAUGGCGGCCAGCUCCGGUACAGGGCCUGCAGGACAUUUUGCCUCAGUCUACAACCCGCUGGCCUGGACGGUCACCACCAUCGUCACCCUGACUGUUGGUUUCCCUGGAGUCCGCGUCACAGAUGAGGCGGGCAACCCAGUGCCCUCGCAGAUCCAAAACUCAACAGAGACCCCAUCUGCGUAUGACCUGCUUAUUCUGACCACAAUCCCAGGCCUCAGUUACCGACACUACAGCAUCAGACCCACUGCAGGGGCCCAAGAGAGCACCCAGGAGCCGGCUGCCACUGUGGCCAGCACCCUUCAAUUUGGCCGCAGGCGGAGGAGACGCACCAGACAUGCAGGCAGGUACUUGGUGCCUGUGGCAAACGACUGCUACAUUGUGCUGCUUGACCAGGAUACCAACCUGAUGCACAGCAUCUGGGACAGACAGAGCAAACGAAUGGUGCGCGUGACCCAGGAGUUCCUGGAGUACCACGUCAACGGGGAUGUGAAACAGGGCCCCAUUUCCGAUAACUACCUGUUCACACCAGGCAAGGCCGCGGUGCCUGCGUGGGAAGCUGUGGGAAUGGAGAUCGUGGCGGGACAGCUUGUGACUGAGAUCCGGCAGUACUUCUACAGGAACAUGACAGCACAGAAUUACACGUAUGCAAUCCACUCCCGGCUCACCCAUGUGCCACAGGGCCAUGACGGGGAGCUGCUCUGCCACCGGAUAGAGCAGGAGUACCAAGCCGGCCCCCUGGAGCUGAACCGCGAGGCUGUCCUGAGGACCAGCACUAACCUAAACAGCCAGCAGGUCAUCUACUCAGACAACAAUGGCUACCAGAUGCAGCGGAGGCCCUACGUUUCCUAUGUGAACAACAGCAUCGCCCGGAAUUACUACCCCAUGGUUCAGUCGGCCUUCAUGGAGGAUGACAAAAGCAGGCUUGUGUUGCUGUCGGAGCGGGCACAUGGCAUCUCCAGCCAAGGGAAUGGGCAGGUGGAGGUCAUGCUCCACCGGCGGCUGUGGAACAACUUCGACUGGGACCUGGGCUACAACCUCACGCUGAACGACACCUCAGUCGUCCACCCAGUGCUCUGGCUUCUACUGGGAUCCUGGUCCCUCAGCACUGCUCUACACCAGAGGAGCGCAGUGGCGCUGCAGCACAGGCCCGUGGUGCUGUUCGGAGACCUGGCCGGGACUGCGCUGAAGCUCCCAGGACCCCAGCAGCAAGAGGCCGUGACGCUGCCCCCAAAUCUUCACCUGCAGAUCCUGAGCAUCCCUGGCUGGCACUACAGCUCUAACCACACGGAGCACACUCAGAAUCUCCGGAAAGGCCAUCGAGGGGAAACCCAGGCUGACCUCCACCGUGUCCUCCUGCGGCUCCACCACCUGUAUGAAGUGGGCGAGGACCCAGUCCUGUCUCAGCCAGUGACAGUGAAUCUGGAGGCUGUGCUGCAGGCGCUGGGGUCCGUGGUGGCAGUGGAGGAGCGCUCGCUCACAGGGACCUGGGAUGUGAGCAUGCUGCAGCGCUGGAGCUGGAGGCCGGGGCCUGGCCGCCGCAGAGGUGACAGCACCUCUCCCUCGAGGCCACCAGGAGGCCCCAUCAUCACCGUCCACCCAAAGGAAAUCCGGACGUUCUUCAUUCACUUUCAACAGCAGUGAGCCCUGGGCAGAUGCCCCGGCCCCAGGACUUCCCCCAGGAACUCCAUGUAACAGAACAGACCCAGGACAGGGAAAAGCAGCGCAGAGGGACGGGACUAGGGAGUCAGCUGCUCAUCUGCAGGCUAAUGGCAGGAAAUGGUCAUAUUUGGGGUUUUGUCCCUAAUUUUUUUUAAAUAAAAAUUACAUUACAAGAUCCAGGUUCUUCCCCUCCCACACUCAAUCAAGCCAGCCCUCUCCUCUGCUGUCACAUAAAGGAUAUUUGGCACGCUCAUGCGUCAUUCAUUCACAAAAGACAAACCCAGGACGUUCUGCCUGAGGCAGAGCACAAGACCCACAGCAGCACCGAAGCGCAUCUACCGUCCGGGCCCUGCCAGGCUUGCCCAGGCUGCUGGUGGUAACUGUGGACCUACUGCAUGCCGCGUGUUUUCAAGACUCAUCCCAUGCUGGCAACAGCCUUGCAAGGGGCUUGGCUCUGCCACAGGGCAAGAGAGGAAGUUGUAGCGCCGAGCUGGAGUUCCAGCCCCAGAUGUCCACCUGUGCCUCGGCACCGCCUGUCGAGCAGAGAAGGCACAACAGCCGUCAGAGUCCAGGAAGAAAUGAAACCACACAGCAGGGAUGUCCAAUAUCAGAACUAUUAAUAUCAAUAAAAGUGUAACCUUCCAAGGUCUAUGCCCAAGAGAAUUGAAAACAUCCAUCCACACAACACCUGUGCUCCCGCGUUCAUAGCAGCAUUACUCAAAAGUCAAACGGUAGCAACAACCCAAAUGUCCAUCCACAGAUGAAUUAAGACAUGAAAUGUGUUCUGUCCAUACAAUGGAAUAUUAUUUGGCCAUAAAAAGGAAGGAAAUUCUGACACAUGCCACAGCCUGGGUGAAUCCUACAAACAUUACGCUAAGUGAAAGAAGCCAGACACGAAAGGCCACAUAUUGUGUGAUUCUGUUUACGUGAAAUAUCCAGAAUAGGCAAAUCUGUGUAUAAGAGACAAAGCACAUUGGUGGUUGCCAGGGACUGGAGGAAGAGAGAAGAGGCAUGACAGCUAAUAGGGACAGGGUUUCUUUGGAAGAUGAUGAAAUUGUGGAAUUAGCAAUGAUGGUUGCACAACUUUGUGAAUAUACUAGAAACCAAUGAAUUAUUAACUUUGGAAGAUG